ACUGGCCUGUGCUUCUUUUUUUUGGGCUUUUAUGUUGAAAUCUGAGGUUUUUUUCUGCUGUUGUGAAGCACUGUUUUGAAAGGUGCUAUACAAAAGUGUAUUUUCGCAGUAGGCUAGAUGGCAGUAAUUCACUUUAGUGACAUGUAAUCUGUCUGAUCCAAAGAAUAAAUCUACAAUUGUACCAAUUUGUUUGUUUACAUAGCAAAUUUUCAGCAGAAGGGAGAUUGCUUCAGAGGUUGUCUGAGGGCAGAGCUCUCAGACCCACACUGCUGCAGCUAUGGGCAUGCAGACUCAGGCUCUUGUGUCCGCUUCAUGGCUUGCAAACAUGGUCAAACGAAAUCUGGUCGGUCCGGGUCUUCGGAUCCUGGACACGUCCUGGUACCUGCCGAUGAUGAACCGAGACGGGAAGAAGGAAUUUGCGCAAUCUCACAUCCCGGGAGCGUCUUUUUUCGACAUCGACGAGUGCUCGGACAAGACCUCUAAGUUCGACCAUUCACUGCCACCCGAGCAACUUUUUGCCGACUAUGUUGGGAACUUGGGCAUCGGGAACGACAGCCAUGUGGUGGUGUACGACGCCAGCGACUAUGGGGCAUUUUCCUGCACCCGAGUCUGGUGGAUGUUUCGGUUGUUUGGGCACCCCAAGGUGUCUGUGCUGAACGGGGGGUUUAGAAACUGGGUCAAAGAGGGUGAUCCGGUGUCAGGGACGUACACCAAGCCUGACGCAGUCUGCUUCAGAGCCAACGACCGCUCCUGGGUCAAGUCUUUUGAGGACGUUACGGAGAACAUUAGGUCCCAGCAGUUCCAGGUGGUGGACGUGAGGCCCCACGAGAGAUUCCUCGGGAAAGAACCGGAACCAAGAGAGGGUGUUGAUCCGGGUCACAUCCCCGGCUCUAAAUGCAUCCCUUUCUUCGACUUCCUCAAUGAUGACGGCAUGAUGCUCUCCACACAGCUGAAAAAGUUAUUUGAGAUGUCACGAGUGGACCUUAAUAAGCCGAUAUGUGGAACAUGUGGCUCCGGCGUGACCGCCUGUCACAUGGUGCUGGCUGCUCAUCUGUGCGGCUCUCCUGGGGCGUCUGUGUACGUCGGAUCCUGGUAUGAGUGGUUCACCAAAGCCCCCCCAGAGCAUGUUGUCUCUGAGGGAAAAAACAAGAUUAGAGGAGGAUAGAGACACGAUCAGCACUCAAUAUUAAAUGUUAUUCACAGUACUUAAAUCUUAGUCAGAGGUGUUUGAACCUGACACAUGAGCAGAUGGAUGAAGCUUAAAUCUUUCUAUAACAUAAUUUUUCACGAGAGCUUGUUUGAUGAUUUGCAUUUAGCACUUAAACUAUUUUUAGAAACGAGGCUCGGCAUAAUGGUCUGAACGUUGGCAGCACAUACUGUAAGUAGCUUUGAGAUAGGUCUGAGUGUUUAACUACAUCUUAACCGUUUUGGAUGGAAUGUCACUUUAUUUUUUUUAAACAUUUAAACAUGUUUCAAGGCCGAAUAUCUUCAAACUUUAGGAAAAGAAUUCUCAGCCACAAUAUCAUGAGACAGACAGAUUUAAGAUGCUGCAUGUGGGCCCUUUUAAUGAACUAAAAGUGUCCCUUUAUUGAUGUAUUUUCAGAGUUAUUCAGCCUAAUAUUGGGCUACUCAUGUCUGUUUGUAAGAAGAAAAAUGCACAACAAAUCAGACUUAGGAGGACAAACUAAAUCAAAAGUUGUUCAGACAAAUAAUCUAUUACAAAUAAAAGUUACUUCUUUUAAAAAGAAUACAAAAAGUAAAAAAAUCUGGCAUUAUUAACACAUUGAAUUCUCAGCUGUACAGGUCUCACAGGAGAUGUCAAUGUCAGCGAAGUUAUAACAUGUGAAAUAAAAUUACGAGUUAAAAGAUGUCAAGAUUAUUGAAGUGUCAGUAAAGGCACACAGACUCGCACAGCCAAAGUUGAGAAGUGAACCUCGGCUAUCUCAAUCGGAAAGCAUGUAGCGACAGCAAAGAACAGACACACACACGUACAUCUGCACAAAAAUGAUGGCAUGUAGGAAACAGGGCAGGGUUCCAAUCAGAUAAAGAAUGAACUGUAAGAGAAGGCAAUGUAAUUAAAAAAGAGUCCUGAGUUGUUUUUUAAAGCAGCUCAUAGAAUGUGUUGAUCAUGUAACGGUAGGUUGUUUCACAGUCUCUACUACAGAGAAGUACCUCUCUCCCAAAGCUUUUCCAUUUGAUCGUGGGAUGGUUAGGAGUCCUUGCUCUGAUGAUCUGAGGGGCCUAGCUGUACCGUAGGGUGACAAUAGUUCCGUGAUAUAUCACCCUUCAUGGCAAAUCACACACAAAAGGAGGAAGGUAAGGUAUUCUCUGAUCCCCUCUUGUGCCUCUGCAAAGAAGUCUUGUCUGGCUGCUGCAUUUUGAACAAGUUUAAAACAGUCUAGAGGCCUGAUUAAUACCUGAACACAGUGAGUUGCAGUAUUUGAGUCUGGAGGAUAUCAAGGCAUGGAUGCAUUUUUCUAAAUCUGUAUGUGAGAGGAAUAACCUGAUCUAUGAUCCUGAGUUGAAGAAAACUGGAUUUGAUGACUGUACUCAUUUGUUUAUCAAAUGUAAAAAAAAAAGGCUGCCUUAAUUAAAAAGAUGGUGCUAAUAUUUCCUUUUAUUGGUAUUUCAAUCCACUUUAUACGUGGAGUUUUUCCACCCUAAUCCCAGGGGGACAUGUAGCCUGAGCUUUUUCUACUCUGUACUCCCCUUGCUUGUGAUUUUGUAUAAUAUGACACCACCUGCUGGCGCUUUAGUGUAUGUGCACUUUUGUAAAAAAUAAAAAUAAAAAAAAGGUGCCUUGAAACCUUAAAAGUUGUGAUUUGCACGUGUGUAUUUCAAAGCAAACAUGCCUUGAGAUAAUGCAACUUAUCAUUUUGUGAUGUCUUUAUUACAGAUUUGUUUUAUGUUUAGUUGGCUAGUUUCUCAAUAAAAGACAG